AUGUCAAAGAAAAGGGCUCAUGACCAAGAUAUGAAGGAUUUGAAAGAGAUUGGGACAGCUAUUGUCCCAACAAAGUUUGAAGAUCCAGGCUUAUUCAACUUACCCUGUUCCAUCAGCUACAUGCACUUUAAUAAGUGCCUUUGUGAUUUAGGAGCUUCAGUGAGCUUGAUGCCAUACUCAGUGGCUGAGAAGUUGGGGUAUGAGGACUUCAAGGACAGCAACUACUCUGUCAGUCUAGCAGAUGGAUCCAAGAGGGAUGUGGUUGGAGUGAUUGAAAACCUCCCUAUCAAAAUAGGAGAAGCAAGGAUCCCAACUGAGAGCCUGAAGACCCUCUUAUCUUGGGAAGGCCAUUCUUAG